AUGGGUUGCUGUCUCUCUACCGGCAGGAAGAAGAUCCCCACCGAGAAGACGAUGGGCGACGAAGACCCAUCGUAUCGAGCCCGGCACUGGCUCGAGCCCCAAUACAACGGCCGCGACCCCGAGGCCACCUACGCCGAGUUCCUCGAGAGGUUCGACGACGAGGAGCCCGACCGCCGCCGACAGCUUGCAGCCAGGGACAAGACUCGCUGGAAGACGUACCCGAACGGGGAGCGGCAGUACAUCAAUCGCACCCAGCCGAGGACGGCAAUCCGCCAGACCUACAAGAGCGAGGACUCAAAGAUGAAAACAUACGCCUAA